AUGGAGCACGUUGAUCAGACUGAGAAAGCUUACCAGAAACAGCAGGGCGUGUUUCUUGCCAGCAAGAAGUUUGCAGGCAAGAAGAAGGGACCCCGCUUCUACAAAGAGGUGGGUCUGGGUUUCAAGACCCCCAAGAGUGCUAUCCAGGGCCAGUAUGUCGACAAGAAGUGCCCGUUCACCGGCAACAUUUCGAUCCGUGGUCGUAUUCUCAAGGGCGUCGUGCUUUCGACGAAGAUGAAGCGCACGAUCAUUGUGCGUCGUGACUAUCUGCACUUUGUAAAGAAGUACAAGCGUUUUGAGAAGCGUCACAAGAACGUGGCUGCCCACCUGUCGCCUGCGUUCCGUGUGAAGGAAGGUGAUAUCGUCACCAUUGGUCAGUGCCGUCCGCUUGCGAAGACGGUACGCUUCAAUGUGCUGGAGGUGGAGCCCGCUUCGGAAACCAAGCCCAUUAACGUCCGCAAGCAGUUUCGCCAGUUUUAA